AUGCUUCUAUGGAGUGAACGCUUUCCUGAAGACAUACGUGGGGGACGUCCUGAGCCUGAAGAACGUACCAGGCAACCCAAACAUGCUGAGCUACCGUCUCUUGACGUAUCCAGUGAAUGGAUCAUCGACUACCUCGAAAAAUCUAGAGAAAAUGCGCGUAACGAAGCUAAGGCUAUCGAAGCUUUAAUGUCUCCUUCAUUUAGGAACGAGCAAUAUAAUAGACUCAAGGAGACAAUCGAAGACUGCUUUCAACAGGCGAUCAAAGUCGCGCGAGGCUGUUUGAAAUUUGUCGAGCCAGAACACUGUCUCGAAGAGCUACAUACUGCGGUACAACUCUGGGAUAUCCAUCAUAGGCUACCCUUGAACAUGUUCUCUUCCAGUCUAGCUUCCAUCCUACCUCCUCCCUAUGCACAUCUCCGUUCCACCCCUCGCUCUUCCAUCUAUAGCAUGAAUUGGAACUACCCGUGGCGAGGCUUUGACAUGGAGAAAUUCGAUGAAACCGUACUCGAGGUGGAAGAAUGCAUUUCCGAAACAAAAGCAUUCCUCGAAUAUUAUCGCCACGAAAUCCCUUCCUAUCUGGUUUGCAAAUCAUUCGAUCAUCAAUUGGAUGAUGAAAGUGACCACGAGAGUCCCAAUAUCAUAACUAUUGACCAGUUUCUCCCGGUGGCCGUCGUCCAUGAAGAAGUUUUGUUAAACUCCACUGGUCGUGACGACACAUCCGAGUCGGAGCUUUCUAGCAUCGAAGCAGCCUUGCUAGAUGCGGAGCUUUCCACCAUUGAAGCAGAUUUGCUCAAUUACUCUGAUAGUGAUGAAGAUCUCAAUUACGGUUAUCCCUCAUCUCCAGUUCUGUCGUCCGAUGAUAUUACAAUUGUGGCUCCUUGUGGCGAGGUUGAUGCCUUCUUGUCCGAUGAUGAUGAUGAGGGGAUCACAACCGAGUUUGAGGAAUCGCUCACGGAGACGGAGGAUAUCAUUAUUCCAUAUGCAGGGAAAUUGGCUUUAAACAUGCUCCCGUAUUGA